AUGCCUAUCAUCACUGUCAUCAUCAGGGAACAGAUCGACGACAGGAUCCGGCUUCUCAGCCCUUUGAUGCUCGCCGCUAACGCCGCCUACACUGCUACCAUCCUCGCUGAUGUCCUGGUCAUAUUUGCUGACAGAGUUCAUGAACUCCAGAUGUUUCUUCUCCUCUUCCAGCUGGGCAACAGCUUGUUCGCUGGACUGCAGCCGUUGUUGAGUCGAUGCCAAACAAUAUGGUUCGACCUUCUUCAGAUAUUUGGCAAUUAUUUGAUAUUGAAAAAACAGAUAAAAAAUCCAAGGCUGUCUGAACUGAGUAAAAAAUAA